CCCGCCUUUCCCUGUUCCAGACGGAGCCUGUGGCUGCCGAGGCUGCCGAGCAGGGCCAGGCCGGGCCCUGCCCGCCAGGACAUCCGAGCCCUUCACCGGCCCCCGAGCCUGGGAGCCCAUCCGGUACUCCUGCUGCUCCCACCAUGACUUCGGAGCCCACGUCCCCUCCAGUUGUACCCCCGCUCCACUCCCCCAAGUCCCCGGUGUGGCCCACCUUCCCCUUCCAUCGGGAGGGCAGCAGGGUCUGGGAGCGGGGCGGCGUCUCCGCUCGGGACCUGCCCAGCCCUCUGCCCACCAAGCGGACCAGGACGUAUUCCGCGACAGCCCGAGCCUCGGCUGGCCCCGUAUUCAAGGGCGUCUGUAAGCAGUUCUCGCGCUCACAGGGCCACGGCUUCAUCACCCCCGAGAACGGGUCUGAGGACAUCUUCGUCCACGUGUCUGACAUCGAGGGGGAGUAUGUGCCGGUGGAGGGCGAUGAGGUGACCUACAAGAUGUGCCCCAUCCCGCCCAAGAACCAGAAGUUCCAGGCCGUGGAGGUGGUGCUCACCCAGUUGGCCCCCCACACUCCCCACGAGACGUGGUCCGGCCAGGUUGUGGGCUCCUAGGCCGGGUGGUCUCGAGGCGGCCGCCUAGCCAGGGGGGGAGCCACAGAGGGCGGACUGGCAGCAGCCGGCCCCGCGCCCCACUGCGCUGACUGACCCAGGCCCCCGGGCGGCCUCCGUGCCCCUGUCUGUCUGUCUGUCUGUCCGUGCUGUGGCUGUGAGUGUGCCUCCAUCACCCCGUGACCCGUGACUGUUACUGAGCUGGACUGAGGCGGCCACGGCCCGCCUUCUCUGCCCGUCCACACUCUCCUCCCCUCCUCUCUGCCACAUUCGCGCAGGGCCCUCCUGCCCAUCAAGCCACGUACCAACGGCAGGCCUGGGGCUGGGGUCUGCGGGUACAGCAGAUCCCACCCAUACACGCUUGUUUCCUGGCCUCUACCCCAGGACUGGCCCCGGGGCCAGAAUGCUCUAGCUACUCACACCUCCCACCUGGGCUGGGGUCUCCCUGUGGCCUGGGCCCCUCCCCUUGGAAGCUGGGCCAGGGAGCACUUUGGGGGAGCCUCCCAGCCUCUGGCAGGGGAAGAGGGCCAAGUGAGGAGGCAGGCAGGCCCCCCCUUGCGGCGCCCCCCAGCCUGCCUGCUUGCUCUCCCCUCAACACACUGGAGGGGCAAGAAAGAGGGGCCUGAGCACAGAAGGCAGUUUGGGGGCUCCUGUUCUGCCAGCCACAGCCCCUCCUCAGCUGGCAGUGACUCUCUGAACCCCAAGAAGGCAGUGUCCCCUCCCCUGGGCCAGUCUGAUGAGCGGUGGGUUUGGGCGGAGCCACCCCCUUUGCCCUGGCUCACAAACCCCAACAUUCCGCCAGUGUCCAGUCACCAAGGCUGCCCAGGCCCCUGGCUGGAGGGACACAUAUCCCCUCCCACAGGGUCAGGAGGGCCCUCGGGUGGCCUCAGCCUGGAAGGCCCAGCCCUGCCGCC